AAGAGCUCAUCACUGAACUUCUACUCCAGCAUCGUCUUUAACGACAACCAUGAGUCUCACCGCUAAGGACAAGAAAAUGGUCAAGGCCUUUUGGGCCAAGGUGGCCGGCAAGGCUGAGGAUAUCGGCUGCGAUGCUCUGUCUAGGACGCUGGUUGUGUACCCCCAGACCAAGACCUACUUCUCCCACUGGAAGGACCUGAGCCCCGGCUCUGCCCCAGUCAGGAAGCACGGUGGGAUCAUCAUGGGAGGCAUCAGUUUAGCCGUGGCCAGCAUCGACGACAUCAGCGCAGGUCUCCUCGCCCUCAGCGAGCUGCAUGCUUUCAAGCUGCGUGUCGAUCCCGCCAAUUUCAAGAUCCUGUCCCACAACAUCUUGGUGGUGCUGGCUAUCUUGUUCCCCAAUGAUUUCACCCCCGAAGCUCAUGUGUCCAUGGACAAGUUCCUGGCCGCGGUGGGCCGGGCUCUGUCUGAGAAGUACCGAUAAGAUGUGGACAGAAGGCAUCAGACCAGACGGAUUGCAGCAUUGAUCAGCACUGUGCUCAGCUCUGUACUGUUCUAAAAUAUAAUUAAAUGUUCAAACGCCCAUAA